AUGGCCUCGUUCGCACUCUCUGCCCUCCGCCGCGCAGCCCUCCCCCGCUCCGCCGCUCUCGUCGCAGCCCGCCGCGGGUACGCAGAGGCAGCCGCCAGCCAGUCCGACAAGCUCCGCCUCUCGCUCGUCCUCCCCCACGAGACCAUCUACCAGUCCCAGGACGUCGUCCAGGUCAACCUCUCGGCAGAGUCGGGCGACCUCGGUGUCCUCGCCAACCACGUCCCGACGAUUGAAGCCCUCAGGCCCGGCGUCCUCGAGGUUGUCGAGUCGGGCGAGUCGAAGAAGUGGUUUGUCUCGGGCGGAUUCGCCAACGUUCACCCUAACAACACCAUGACCGUCAACGCCGUCGAGGCUUACCCUCUCGACGCUUUCUCGCCCGAGGCAAUCCGCUCCCACCUCGCCGAAGCCCAACGCGUCGCGUCCGGCAACGGGACGGAAGAGGAGAAGGCCGAAGCGGCGAUCGAGGUGCAGGUUUAUGAGGCGCUGCAGGCGGCUAUCAAGGCCUAA